GCAGUAUUGGGAAGAUUUUGAGACGUUCAUUCAAGCAAGAGGUCAAAGAGGACAGAGUCACCAAAACCCAUUUGUAAAGUUUGCUGCUUUAGGUGGGGAUUGUAGUGGGAAAUGAAGGAGAAGAGUGAGGGCGGUGGGGGAGGAGGGUACGUGAGGGCAGAUCAGAUAGAUCUGAAGAGCUUGGAUGAGCAGUUGCAGAGGCAUCUUAGCAGGGCAUGGACCAUGGAGAAGAACAAGAGUAAGAAAGAGGAAGGGGACGGAGGAGGAGGGCAGCAACAGCGGCCCAGCAACGCCGUGACUAGACAAGAGUGGGAGAUUGAUCCUUCUAAACUCGCUAUCAAAGGUGUCAUAGCUCGAGGCACUUUUGGGACUGUGCACCGCGGCAUUUAUGACAGCCAAGAUGUAGCUGUCAAACUUCUUGAUUGGGGAGAAGAGGGCCACAGAUCAGAAGCUGAAAUAGCUUCACUUCGAGCAGCAUUUACACAAGAAGUUGCAGUCUGGCACAAGCUUGAACACCCUAACGUAACAAAGUUUAUAGGGGCAACAAUGGGCAUGUCAGAGCUAAAUAUACAGACAGAAAACAGUCAUGUUGGCUUGCCAAUUAAUGUUUGUUGUGUUGUUGUUGAAUAUUGUCCUGGUGGUGCAUUGAAAUCUUACCUCAUAAAGAAUCGGAGAAGGAAGUUGGCAUUCAGAGUGGUUAUUCAACUGGCACUAGAUCUUGCACGAGGGUUGAGCUAUCUCCACUCUAAGAAGAUUGUCCACCGAGAUGUUAAAACAGAAAAUAUGCUUCUUGACAAGACACGUACAGUAAAGAUAGCUGAUUUUGGUGUUGCUCGCCUCGAAGCUUCAAAUCCUAAUGACAUGACUGGAGAGACUGGAACACUUGGUUACAUGGCACCAGAGGUUCUCAAUGGAAACCCCUACAAUAGAAAGUGUGAUGUGUAUAGUUUUGGCAUAUGUUUGUGGGAGAUAUACUGCUGUGACAUGCCUUAUCCCGACCUCAGCUUUUCGGAAGUGACAUCAGCUGUUGUCCGUCAGAAUCUGAGGCCAGAGAUACCUCGUUGCUGCCCAAGUUCUCUUGCAAACGUUAUGAAGCGGUGUUGGGAUGCUAACCCUGACAGGCGGCCAGAGAUGGAUGAGGUGGUGUCAAUGUUGGAAGGGAUUGACACAUCCAAGGGUGGAGGUAUGAUCCCACUUGAUCAGCCUCAAGGUUGUUUUUGUUUCCGUAGAUACAGGGGGCCGUGAAAUGCAAGUAACGACGUAUUGCAAGUUCUACAUAAACCAAUUUAUUCAUACUUAAUUGAAUUGGAAAGAUGGGGGAAAUCUAGGAGCUGACAGUACAAAUUUUUUAUGUUAUUGGCUAGGAGCUCCAGAGAACACCAACUCAUGCAUACACGCAUAUUGUAGAGCUUUUCUGUCUCCUCUUUUUGCUCACUUAUUCAGUAAG